AUGAAACAUUCAGCACCUGAACACAGAGUCCCAGGUACAGCAAAGCGGCAGAGCCUCCAGAUGGCUAACCAAACCGCCUCAUACGUGGUCGUGGCUCUGUGCCUGCUCGUGCUCGUGGCGAGGCACGCCGAGGCGAGGCAGCCCCGGCUCGUCCCCGCGAUAUUCGUGUUCGGCGACUCCACCGUCGACGUCGGCAACAACAAUUUCCUGGGCGGCACGCGCAAGGAGGGCAGGGCCAACUUCCCGCAGUACGGCGUGGACUUCCCGACCUCCAAGCCCACCGGUCGGUUCAGCAAUGGCUUCAACACGGCAGACCGGCUAGGUACUACGUGCAUUGCAGUUGUUCGAUCGGCAGUCACUUCCUUCAGCACGAGCUCGAUCGGCAGUGCUUAA